AAAGGGUUCAAAAUAGUGAAACUACAGAACGUUGAGACGCCACUCCUGCUCCAAAACCAAAGUAAAAAACGACAGGUCGUUAAUAUUGUCCAAAAGUUGAACACCGACGGACGGUCUAAUUACCGUCUGAUCCGAAAGUUCAGUCGCUCUAUUCUGCUCCUGCUUUCGAAAUUAGGGUCACUGCCUCAACUGUAGUUUAUUUUCCCUGACCAUUUUGAGUGAAUUUGCAGGGAUUUGUAUUGGCCAUAGUUAUUGAGCUGUAAGAUCCUUAGAAGAAUUAGUUAGGCAUGAGAUCGUGCGGUGGAUGGCGUCGUUUCCUCCUUUAUUUCCCUCUGCUCCUCAUCAUUUUCCAUAUCUUCUCCUGUGGAUGUCCUCUCUCUAGUUCUCAUCAUUGUUUUUGGCAUUUUUUUUUUAUUUGGGUACUUAAAAUUAAUUGUAGCUGAAUUGUUUUUGUUUUCUUUUUUUCAGUUUUUGAAUUUCGUCCCAACUCAGUGAUGGAAGCUGGCGCAAAGAAACGAAAUAAAAAGUCUGAUCAUCUGGUUCUUGGUCCUGCUGCUGGGCGUGCCUUGCCAAAUCGGUUACAAUGCCAAGCCCAGGCUUUAAAGCUCUCAACAAGUCCCAUUUGCUGACCUCUUCCAGUGCUUAUAAUGGUGGAGAUAGAAUUGCCUUUGUCACUGUCUUUACCAUUUACAACGCUUCACUGUAUUCGCAUGCUGACAGUAAAUCAUCAAAUUUGGUUACUGUUGGGAAUGUUUCCUACACUAAGACAGAGAGGUCAAUGGCCAUUUUGAAUGUCUUCAUUAAUUUUAUUCAGGUGACAAUGCCGAAGAGCCAUGUUAUCAUUCUUACUAAUCCAGAAUCUGAUCUCCCACUGCAAAGAAAUAGAGUCACUUUGUAUCCUAUUCAGGGUGAAUAUUCACGAGACAAGUUGAUGCUUCAAAGAAUAAGAUCUUACAUUACUUUUCUAAACACAAGGCUGAAGGAGCUUGCUCAGAACCCAGGGCGUAUAACUCAUUACAUCUUCACCGACUCGGAUAUAGCUGUUGUUGACGACUUAGAACACAUUUUUCAAAAGUUCACAAAAUUUCAUGUGGCCCUCACCUUCCGAAACAACAAGGAGCAACCUUUAAAUUCUGGAUUUAUAGCAGUAAGAGGGACCCCUGAGUCAAUUUUAAGGGCAAAAACAUUCCUUCAAGAAGUACUUGAAGUUUACACCUCAAAGUAUAUGAAAGCUUCUCGGAUGCUUGGAGACCAGUUAGCUCUUGCCUGGGUCAUAAAAUCUCAGCCUAAUUUUGAUGUGCGGAGAUUUAAGAAAGUACAGGCCUUUGUAGAGGAAAUUGGUGGUGCAUCAGUGCUAUUCCUUCCAUGUGCUAUAUAUAAUUGGACGCCACCAGAGGGGGCUGGCCAAUUUCGAGGAAUGCCCUUGGAUGUCAAGGUAGUGCAUUUUAAAGGAUCAAGGAAACGUUUAAUGCUCGAGUCUUGGGACUUUUUCAGUUCUGCUUCUGAUAUUUAUGAUAUGUUAUGCCUUAUUCUAAUGAGCGGGAGAACUAAGUACGAUUUUUGAGUUGCAACAGCUUUAGCUUUAGUGAGCCUGGCUUACGUAUUUAAUGGGGAAACUAAAAGGUACUGAUUCCCGAAGGAACUUAAAAGGAAUUUCUCUUAUACAUUUCUUUUGGUAAUUUAUAGUAUUUUUCUUUGACGAACA